CACGGCGUCGAGUUACGCAACGCGACGUGAAUCCUCUGGACUUCACCAUCGUUGCGUAGAAAGCGUACAACUCAGGCUCAUCAUAUUUUUGCGCUCUCGUGUUUCGUCAGUGAUGCACUAUCCCGUGCCUCCCCCCACACGAGGCAUGUCUCCUCCACACCAGAGCGCUACUCCUGCCGCUUCCUCGCAUGAAUUUACCACGCCGUCUCUUCCCAGCUGAAAGGAUACCUCUCCGCCGGGUUGGACGCUGUUUGUCCGGCCCAUCGACCGUAGCCGCCCCCGGCAGCUGUGCCCUCUGCUCCCGAAGGCAGUCCCCGUCAUGACCUCCCCUUUCUGCGAUUCUGCCGAUAUCCGCUAAAUGGGCUUGGUGGCUGGGCAGAGGUUUCCACAGCAACUGGCCAUCCGCUUCCAGUAUUUCCCUAAUGAGGACAGCCUUCAGGAUUUAACACGAGUCCUCGCUGCGCGUCUCUGAUUUUUGGGCUGAAUCUCCAGACGCGUCAAAGGUCUGCACAUGGGGGCGGGCAAAAGCAAGCCCAAGGAGCCGGGCCAGCGCUCCAUGAGCCUGGACGGCACCAUCGGCUCAGGCUCAGACGGCGGGCACUUCCACCACCUGGGACCCGCCCAGCAGACCCAGACCCCCAACAGGAGCCCCGCCGUAGGUACAGGCAGGCGGGGGCAGCAUCAAGGGCAGCACCACCUCGCCCCGACAAACACUCCUGAGCUGGCUCUCUUUGGGGGGGUGGACCACACAGGCACCAUCACCUCGCCCCAGAGAGGACCUCUGUCAGGAGGUGUCACUACAUUUGUGGCGCUCUAUGACUAUGAGUCACGGACAGCGUCUGAUCUGACCUUUAGGAAAGGUGACAGGCUGCAGAUUGUCAACAACACGAAAAAGUACAGCUUCAGAGAAGGGGACUGGUGGCUCGCUCGCUCCCUGACGACGGGAGAGAGUGGGUAUAUCCCGAGCAACUAUGUGGCUCCGUCCGACUCCAUCCAAGCAGAAGAGUGGUAUUUUGGGAAGAUCACUCGGCGCGACUCCGAGAGGCUCCUUUUGAACGUGCAGAACAGACGAGGAACCUUCCUGGUGAGGGAGAGCGAGACCACUAAAGGGGCAUAUUGCCUGUCAGUGCUGGAUUAUGACAACACCAAAGGCUUGAAUGUGAAACAUUACAAGAUCAGGAAGCUGGAUAGCGGGGGAUUCUACAUCACCUCGCGCACCCAGUUCAGCAGCCUACAGCAGCUAGUCUUCCACUACCGCAAGCACUCUGAUGGGCUGUGCCACGCUCUGUCAGACGUGUGUCCUGUGGCCAAACCUCAGACGCAGGGACUGGCCAGGGACGCCUGGGAGAUUCCCAGAGAGUCCCUCCGCCUCGACCUCAAACUGGGACAGGGCUGCUUUGGAGAAGUUUGGAUGGGCACAUGGAACGGCACAACACGGGUAGCCAUAAAGACCCUAAAGCCUGCCACCAUGUCUCCAGAGGCCUUUCUUCAGGAAGCUCAGGUCAUGAAGAAGCUGAGGCACGAGAAGCUCGUUCAGCUGUAUGCUGUGGUGUCUGAGGAGCCCAUCUACAUCGUGACAGAAUAUAUGAGCCAAGGCAGCUUGCUGGACUUCCUUAAAGGGGAUGCAGGAAAGAUGCUCCGUCUGCCUCAGCUAGUGGACAUGUCAGCUCAGAUUGCAGCAGGCAUGGCCUACGUUGAGAGGAUGAACUACGUGCACAGAGACCUGCGCGCUGCCAACAUCCUGGUGGGAGAAAGCCUGGUGUGUAAAGUGGCUGACUUCGGCCUGGCGAGACUCAUAGAAGACAACGAGUACACUGCAAGACAGGGAGCUAAGUUUCCAAUCAAGUGGACGGCACCGGAGGCAGCUCUGUACGGACGCUUCACCAUCAAGUCUGACGUCUGGUCCUUUGGUGUACUCCUCACUGAGCUGGCAACUAAAGGCAGAGUCCCCUAUCCAGGUAUGGUGAACCGCGAGGUGCUGGACCAGGUGGAGCGAGGGUACCGGAUGCCCUGCCCGGCAGAGUGCCCCGGCUCUCUGCACGAGCUCAUGCUCUCGUGCUGGAGGAAGGACCCGGAGGAGAGGCCGACGUUUGAGUACCUGCAGGGCUUUCUAGAGGACUACUUCACUUCCACAGAACCCCAGUAUCAGCCUGGGGAGAACUUAUAGAACCUCACACUGAACCCAACACAGAACGAUCUGCACUAACCGACCUCAGAGGAGCACCUGUGGGAGGAUCUGAGCCUGUGAAACUCACCUGGGAGGACCUUGAGGUUCUUCUGCAGAAGACCCACCAUGUGCCAUAAAGAAAUCGCUACAGAAGAACCUGAAGAACCUCCUUUCUGCAAGCACUCCCUGUUUACUGAAGACUUUCCUGUAGAAGUGAGGGUCAAGGCUAUAAAGGAGAACAGACUCUGAUUUGAUUAUUGGUUUUGAAAGGAGGGACUGAUGUGGGAGGAACCUAAUCAGGAUCUACAAACGGAGAGAGGGAGGGAAAAGAAUGUCCAUCCUGUCGAAGAGAGAAAGUCAAGGGAGGAUAUUUCCGACAUAAGCUGUUUAGCGAAAGCUUUCCCUCGUCCGUUGUUUCUUUUACCCUCGCCUGGUACCUUUUCCGCCCACAGGAGUGCACUGCCACUGUGGCUCAGGUGCCUAAGGGAAGUCUGUCUCUCUUAACGUCCUCUAUCUCCCUUCUGGCUCUCUUUCUCUAUUUCCGUCUGACUUUCAGUAUUUCCCUCCAGUGUUCUCAAGUGCUGCUUCUUCAAAGUGUCUCCAAAUAACUCUCUGGAACUCUACUUAGGAUCUUUAUUCAUGUUUACUUGGACAAAAUUAUGUAGUUUAAGCAUUUUCAGCGGCAGACAAGAAAAAAACCUUGAUUUCACUUCAUUGUUUUCUGUGAUAAUAGGCAAGGUUGUUAGAAACCCUGUCAUGGUAGUGCCAGGGUAAAUGUAUUCAACAGGCAGGUUCUGUAACAAUGCAAUUAGGUCAACUGAAGUCAAAUUUGAGGCCUUUCUUUUUCUUUUCUAGCUGUAUUUCUUGAAAUGCUGAACAGAUCGGUUCCAACCUCAACAAUUCAAAAAUGAUUUUGAUGCAGGUAGUGUUUGGAUGCUUUGAUUGACCCGGAUUUAACUGGACAGUUGCAUUGAAAAUGAUCAGCACAGUGACACUAAACAGCAGUUUGAGUAGUAGCUUGUUUCCUCAGAGGCGGGGUAACUGGGGUAACUUUCAUCAAACAUUUAUGUGACCCACUAAGAGGCUGAUGGCUAUCCAAACCAAUCAUAUUACUGUUUAAUAUUCAACCCAGCUCAAGAUGGGAAAACCCUGAGUGUGAAAGCCUACCAUGUUGUGUGCCAAAUAAAUCACAUUUCUUUACUGAUGUCCAUGUAUAUAAUGUUUUAUUAUCAAGGGGCUUACAUGGGGGGUUUUAGUUUAACAGGAAAUUGAUUACUUACAUUUUACAAAAAACUCUGCGCCAUUUCUCUAGUUAACGUCAUUUCAGUGACUAAACUGGAAGGAAAACCUGUUUAGGAUUUUAAAAGGUUUGUAAUCACUUCACAGCUGGUGUGUCCAUGAAAAAUAUGCAACCAGCCGGCCCUAAUGAAACUCUAAAACUUCAAUCAGGUAACCCUAAUAAAACUGUGUUUAUGACUUCCUAUAAGAGUUGAUUUUAAAACCAGUUAGCAUGCUUUUGUGACGUUCUUCUCUUGACCAUUGGCUGGGUUUGUAUUUAUGCUGUACUGUACAUCAACAUGUGUAUUUUUACUUUACUUGAGGCGAGGGGAUCAUAAACAGACAUUUGUGCCAUCAAUCUAUAAUUAUUGUUAUUUUUUUAUAUCUUACCCACUGCUGCCAGUACUCACUGUCAUACUGUACAUACUGUAGCUCUUUAGGGUUGGUUUUGUAUCAUGUAAGCCACUUUCAUAUGGCAGGUAUUUAUGUUGGGUGUCACACAAUUCACAGUGGAUUAGUUUAUGACGUAGUCAAUGCAGCAACAGUAGAAAUAAAGUGAUAGAUUGUUGUCAACAAUUACUAUCUAACUAGUUAUCAAAAUAUGAGCCAGGCAGCAAUAAGAGUAGGUCCAUGCCCUCUAAAAAUAGAAAAUCAUUAUCCGGCGAUUAUGAAUCCUGGCGGCUAAUUUAAUAAAAAAUGUGGGCACUUGCAAACAACAAAAGGGAGCUUGAGUUGUGAUAUGACGUGAAAAAUGAGGACAAAGAUGUAAAUAGUAUCUUAAACAAAUGACUGUGACUAUCAUGUAAUUUUUUUUGUAUUGUUUUUCUUUAAUAGCCGACCAUGUUGAGGUUUUUACAAUGACGCACGCACGCCUGUUCCCAAAAAGUUUAAAUAAGAUGCUAAUGGAGCUUAAGGAAUGUGUUCUUCUUUUAAUAGCCUAUUGAACUUCUGCAAAA